CUGUCUCUUACUAAAACCCCAAAGCAUAAAGAGAGCGACUGAUACCUUUGCUUCUCCCGAUAUAUUACUCACUGAGAGAUCCCACUUUCACCUAAUAAAAUUUCCCCAGAUCCCAAAACCGCCGGUCAGCUCCCCAUCGACAAUGGGAUUCCCCUCAAACGGCACCGCAUCACAUAACAACAAGCCUCUUAAGUUCCUCAUCUACGGCCGCACCGGCUGGAUCGGUGGCCUCUUGGGGAAGCUCUGCGAGUCUCAGGGUAUCGACUACGCCUACGGCUCCGGUCGAUUAGAAAACCGAGUGUCCCUCGAAGCUGACAUCGCCAACGUCAAGCCUACCCAUGUAUUCAACGCUGCCGGCGUCACUGGCCGGCCUAACGUCGACUGGUGCGAGUACCACAAGGUCGAGACUAUUCGUACCAAUGUAGUUGGGACCCUCACUUUGGCUGACGUGUGCAGAGAAAAGGGUCUUAUUUUGAUUAAUUAUGCCACAGGCUGCAUUUUCGAGUACGAUGCGAAUCAUCCUCUCGGGUCGGGAAUCGGGUUCAAGGAGGAGGAUACCCCGAAUUUCACCGGAUCUUUUUAUUCCAAGACGAAAGCCAUGGUGGAAGAGUUGCUCAAGAAUUUUGAAAAUGUCUGUACCUUGCGUGUCAGAAUGCCCAUUUCAUCUGAUUUAUCUAAUCCGCGCAACUUCAUUACAAAGAUCACUCGAUAUGAGAAGGUAGUUAAUAUUCCAAACUCAAUGACAAUCUUGGAUGAACUGCUUCUGAUUUCCAUUGAGAUGGCAAAGAGAAAUCUCACUGGAAUCUGGAACUUUACAAACCCUGGUGUGGUCAGUCACAAUGAGAUAUUAGAGAUGUAUCGGGAUUAUGUUGACCCCAACUUCUCAUGGAAAAACUUUACUCUUGAGGAGCAGUCAAAAGUAAUAGUUGCCCCAAGGAGCAAUAAUGAGCUUGAUGCCUCCAAAUUGAGUAAGGAGUUCCCGGAAAUGUUGCCAAUAAAGGAGUCCCUUAUCAAGUUCGUGUUCAAGCCAAAUCAGAAGACUGCUGCUCCUUGAUGCAUCAAUCAAAGGCCAAGUUCCUGUCUGUUAAAUUUAAGAGAUACCUUGUUAAGUAUGUCUCAAAUCAAUGAUGUGCCACUGGUUUAUAGGUUUGACAUUUUUGUCUUCCCUUUUGCUAUUUAUCCUGUUCAUGAGGGUUGAUGUGAUGCUUUAUAGGUUCCUCUUACCAAAUGACACACAUGAUUGCAUGCGCCUAUUUAUAUUUGAAUGUUGUAUUUGUAACUUGAUUAUGAAUAAAUUAGUUGAUUUAUCAGGUUAUACAUA